CAGACGUGAUUCAUCAAACAGAACGGACUCGGUGGUUUGAGACCAACAACGGAGGCUAACCGUGUCGCGAGCUUCUACUUUUUGUUUUAAACCGUUUUAAGCCCACCUGCUUUCGCGGGGUGGCUCAUCAUCUGUCUGAGGAGGAACUAGCGCAGCGGCUAACGAGCUAGCUGUCCGCGAGAGAAGUCGUGGGGGAGUCGCUAAGCUAACGGCGCCGCUGGGGACCUCCGAGUUAAUCCAGGGGAACCACCGGAGGAGGUGUUACCCAGGCCAGAACCAGCUGGGCUUUUUUCUUUUGUUCGUGUUUUUUAAUUUUUAUUUUUGUGGCGAAGCUAACUGGGCUACAUGUAUGCUAGCAGCGGCUAACGAGCCCAGCUUAUUGGACGCGACUGGUCUGGAUGUUGUCAGGAGAAAAGAACCGGGACACCCCGCCAUGACCCGUUUGUUUUAACCAGUUAAAUGAGGUCGUUCUGCCCCCAGUAGAACCGGACCCGGAGCAUGCGGCAGGAGGAAGGGCUCCAGAGAAGUAGAUAGUCGGACAACAGAGACCCAGCCGAACCAGACCCAGUUGUUUUGUCGCGAGUGGCCUGGAAGAUAAAAAGUGAAGGAUGAAGAAGUUUUCUAGGAUGCCCAAGUCCGAAAGCGGGGGGCUCGGAGGGGCGUCCGGUACCAGUUCGAGUUCUGGAGUCAGCAGCUACUACGGGAAAGUGUUCGCAGUCGGCCGGUACCAAGUCACCGUGGAGGAGCUCAUAGCUGAAGAAAGAGCUGUCGGGCCACAAGAACGUCGUCCGCUACCUGGACUCUACGAUCAGUUCGGUUUCAGACAGCGUUUGGGAAGUCCUGAUCCUCAUGGAGUACUGCAAAGCGGGUCAGGUGGUGAAGCAGAUGAACCAGAGGUUAAACGUGGGCUUCAGCGAGGCCGAGGUCCUCCACAUCUUCUGUGACACCUGCGAGGCCGUGGCUCGGCUGCAUCAAUGCAAGACGCCCAUCAUCCACAGAGACCUGAAGGUUGAAAACAUCCUCCUGAACGACCAGGGUCACUACGUGCUGUGUGACUUCGGCAGCGCCACUCACAAAGUCCUGCUGCCGCUGAAGGACGGCGUGACGGCGGUGGAGGACGAGAUCAAGAAGUACACAACGCUUUCAUAUCGAGCUCCAGAGAUGAUCAACCUGUACGCAGGGAAAGCCAUCACCACUAAGGCUGAUAUAUGGGCACUUGGAUGCUUGUUGUACAAGCUGUGUUUCUUCACGCUUCCGUUCGGGGAGAGUCAAGUCGCCAUAUGUGACGGAAGCUUCAUCGUUCCGGACAACUCCAAAUUCUCCCUCAAGUUGCACUGCUUGAUCAGAUACAUGCUCGAGCCGGACCAGGAGAAGAGACCGGACAUUUACCAGGUGUCCUACUUUGCCUUCAGGUUAGCAGGAAGAGACUGUCCCGUACCAAACCUCACUAGCUCUCCCAUCCCCACGUCGCUUCCUGAACCUCUAACAGCGAGCGAGGUCGCCGCUAAGAAAAGCAUGACAAAAGCCAGGAUAACAGAAUCCGUGGGUCCAACUGAAACGUCGAUCGCUCCCCGACAGAGACCAAAGGCUGCGAUCAGCAACGUCCUGCCUUUCACCAACACUCCUGUCAAAAUGACCGUGCCUUCUGCGCCCGUCAGCAACGGACAGAAAGCUCCCACUCCUGGAUCGGGUCAGCCGUCCGUCCAGGCCCAGCCUGGCAGCCAGCAGCACCGCGUCCUGCAGCAGCUACAACCAGGCGACCUGCGCCUCCAGCAGCUGCAGCAUCAACAACAACAACAAGCAGCACUGCAGCAGCAGCAGCAGCAGCUCCAGUACCUCCAGGCAGUGCAGCAGUCCAUCCAGCUCCAGCAGCAGCAGCAGCAGCAGCAGAUGAUGAUGCAGCCCAUGUAUCAGCAGCAGGUGGCCCAGGCUCAGGCUCAGGCCCAGGCUCAGUACGCUGCCAUGCUGCAGCAGUACCAGCAGGCCUUCGUCCAGCAUCAUCAUCAUCAUCAGGCUCAGCAGCCCCUCCCCUUCAUGACCUCGCCUCUCGAGUUCCAGAUCCCUGUGGGUUCUUAUAACACCACCACGCCCACUGCUGGACCUGGACCGGGCCAGAUGGGUGGACCCUCACCUGUGGACCCCUCGUACUCAAACAGCAGAAACCUUCUUGUUGUCUCUGACGGGAACGCUCCAGCCUCUCAGAGCAGCAGCGCCGGCAGUUACCCGCCCGACAUGUCGCGCUGGAACCCUUUCGGCGAGGACAACUUCUCCAAACUAACGGAGGAAGAGCUGAUCGACCGGGAGUUCGACAUGCUCAGAGCAAAGAAGCCGGUUGAAAGAACCGCCAGCGUUGAAACGGACCAGCCGCCGCUCACCGCCCCCCACGCCAAGCCCUCUCCUCCAGAGGAUCUGUUUGGCUCCGCCCCCUUCGUGGCCACCGCAGGAACCAGUGAUCAGACCACAGAGGUUCCUGUCGUCGUCCCGGACGAUCCGGACCCGACCACGAAGCAGAGACCGGGCAGGAGGACCGGCGUCAGACCCGGCGACGACUCCGACAGUGACUUCGAGUCGGACCCCCCGUCCCCGAAAAGCAGCGAGGAGGAGGAGCCAGAGGAGGAGGAGGAGGUCCUGAACAGCGAGCACGGCGAGGACACGGAGCCGGACCACCUGGGACAGAGACCUCUGCUGAUGGACUCUGAGGAAGAGGAGGACGAAGACAGGCAAAGCUCCGACUCGGACUUUGACCCCAGCAGGGUCAGGAGCCGCUCCAAGAGACCCGCGGGCCGUAAAGAACCCGCUCCAAGACCCCCGGGGACGGGUCUGAUCACGCCCCCCGUGUCCCCGAGCGGCGCCGGACCGUCGGGGGACGUGGACAUGUUCGGCGCCAUUCCCUUCCUGGGACCGGAGACCAGGGACAUCUUCAGCAAGGCUCCGUUCAGGCAGGUGGGCCUGGAGCGGACCCCCACAGACGACCUGGACGUCUUCACCAAAGCUCCGUUCAGCAGGAACCGGUCCAGGUCCAACAGGGACGUCCCCGCGGGACAAACGCCGCCCGUCUCCCCCGAGGGCAUCGACGCGUUCGGGUUCUCCCCCUUCCACCCGGGUCCGGACCCCCCCGCCACCUCCAGGAGCGCCGACGACAUCUGCCGCCUGGAGGAGUCGACCAAUCAGAGGCUGAGGCAGCGCAGCCUCCAGAGGCUGUCGUCACGCCAACGCAGGACCAAGCAGGAGGCGGGCGGCAGCAAGCGCCACCACGGGACCCCCACCGGAGCCCGCAAGACCAGCAAGCCCACCUACCGCACCCCCGAGAGGGUCCGCCGGCACAAGAAGGUGGGCCGGCGGGACUCUCAGAGCAGCAUUGAGUUCCUGAGCCCCUCGGACUCCAAGGAGAACAUCAGCGUGGACUUCCUGUCCCACGCCAAGGACCGGGCCCCGCCCCCUCCCGACGACCCCGGCCUCGACCCCUUCCACCCUCAGGACGGGGGCUCCGCCAAGUCCUGGGCCGGACCCCUGAACGGCGGGGAGAGCCGGACCAUAGACGACUUCGGGGCGGUGCCGUUCACAGAACUGGUGAUCCACAGUGGACCCCAGCAGGCCUCACAGACCCUGGACCUGGACCCGUUUGGAGCGGCACCGUUUCCCUCCAAGCAGUGACUUCCUGUCGUCCAUCUUACUAAAGACCUGGACCCAUUUAUCUGGACCUGGACCCAUUUAUCUGGACCUGGACCCAUUUAUCUGGACCUGGACCCGGUCCUGCUGCAGCAGAACCCGGCUCAUCGUUCGCCUUAUGUGAUUUUAGCACCACGACGCCUUAACUGGACCUGAAACCACUUUAGAUUAGUGUCUAUGCAGAUUUUAACCUCUGUGUGUGUGUGUGUGUGUGUGUGUGUGUGUGUGUGUGUGUGUUAGAAGGGAAAGAUUUUUAUUGUAGUUUUUAAAUUUCCUUCUUAGCAGGAAACAUUUGUAAGUUCGGCUGUUUUUUAAUGAGCUUAAAGUUCUUCAGACGUAAGAAAUAAAAGUUCAAAUGAAGGAUUUA